UAUGUGCACAGGACACCGUAGUGACGGAAGUGCCUGCUAUGGAGGAUACGAAUGUAUUUUUUAUCCACGGGUUUGAUCAUAAAUCGGUUUAUUUAUCGUUAGCCAGAUUAAAAAUGGCAGCCGUGUUUCUAGUUAUGUUGUAUGAAUAUUCUCCUUUAUUUUACAUUAGUGUCAUAUCCUUAUGUUUCGUUGUUACCGCCGCCAUGGUCCUCGGCUGGUUUGGUUUCGAUGUCCCAGUGAUUCUUCGUAGCUCUGAUGAGACUGAGUCAGUCUUGCCUGUCCCAGAGAAGAGGAUGGUUCAGGUGACCAACCCCUUUGCCCUGGAGAUGGGGACCUCUGGGGUGGCCUCUGUGACUGAGGGUGUGUCCCUGCGUCCAUGCUGCCUGGAGCCCUGUGUGUUGAGCUGUUACUGGGGUUGUGGUGUCCAUGCCCUCCAGGGGGCGCUACAGACCCACCAAUAUGGCCUCAGUAGGCUCAGCACACCACAACAGUUCCAGGAAGCCCUGCACUUCCAGUACCACCACUGCCAAAGUUUCCAUAUCAGUGGAGAGAACAGAGAGGAGCACUACAGCGAGAUGCCAGCUGAACUGAGGAUCACCGAUUUUGGUCAUUUGCCACGGGAACGUUAUCCCCUGGUGGCUCUCCUCACACUGGCUGAGCCUGAAGCCAGGGACACAUACAACAUUGCCGCCAGUGUCACCAUAGUCCAUAUUCCAGAUGACAAAUACAGCCUGUCGGCACGGAUCCUGUUUCAAUACCUCCUCACGGCACAAGGGAACAUGUAUGAGUUAAAGUCACUCUUUAUGUCAGCUGAGAGCAUGGGGUUGUCAGGGGCGACUGACCCCGCCCCUAGCACAGAGAUACCACCAGAACGACAGGAAAGAGAGCAUGGAAAGGAAGAGAAGACACCAGGAAUGGAAGAUGAAGAGGAGUGGUCACAGGAGGGAAAAGCCAAAGACUGUGUUGUGUGUCAGAAUGCACCUGUUAACCGUGUUCUGCUACCCUGCAGGCACGCCUGUGUGUGUGACGGCUGUGUCCAUCACUUCCAACACUGCCCCAUAUGCAGAGCUUUCGUAUUGGAGUCGUUUGCCCUGUUCCACAAUUCCCCUAUGGGGGAGGAAGAAUGAACUGUGAUGUAGCAGGUCAAUGUCAUUAGAGUAGCUGUAUGUAUGGUGGCCAGGAUGUGCAUGAGCAUUAUCACUAUAGGUACUGGUCCAAUACAGAUAUAAUAGUACCGUUUCAUGGGAAUCAGUGUCUAUCAUAGAAUGGAUGUGAUAUGGUUUUACGCCAAAGUAAUCUAUUGGACAUUUCAAACUGUUGUAGGGCUGUGAGCAUAUACAUUUUAUCACGUUGAUAGUUGUGUUGUAAACUAUUCCUUGAUCGAUUUGUAAACAAUGUAUGUAGAUAUGGAAAACCUAUUUGUUUUUAUGUGUAAUGUAUAGAUGUAUUUUAUUUAUUAUUAUCAAUAUACCAUACAUUAAGUUGUUUCUCUU